AGGCGACGCCAGGCCCGGACCGGAAGGGGCUGUGCCACUGAGCGUAUCCCUCCGCCGCCCGGGCCGGCUCUCAGCCUACGCCGCCGCCGCCGCCGCCGCCACCAUCUUGGCUGCCCAGAGGGAGGGGCGGACAGACCUGAGCGGGACGCCGGGAGGGGCGGAAGGCGGAGGGCCCCAGGGACCAGAGGGGGAGAGAGAGAGAGAGAGAGAGAGAGAGAGAGAGGGCCCGGCCUCUCCGCACCAUGCUGGGUUCCGGGUUCAAGGCGGAACGCCUGCGGGUCAAUCUCCGCCUCGUCAUCAACCGCCUGAAGCUCCUGGAGAAGAAGAAGACUGAACUGGCCCAGAAGGCGAGGAAGGAGAUUGCAGAUUACCUGGCUGCUGGCAAGGAUGAGCGGGCUCGCAUCCGCGUGGAGCACAUCAUCCGGGAGGAUUACCUGGUGGAGGCGAUGGAGAUCCUGGAGCUGUACUGUGACCUACUUCUGGCCCGCUUUGGUCUCAUUCAGUCAAUGAAGGAGCUGGACACGGGACUGGCAGAGGCUGUUUCCACCCUCAUUUGGGCCGCCCCCCGCCUGCAGUCUGAGGUCGCUGAGCUGAAAAUUGUCGCUGACCAAUUGUGUGCCAAGUACAGCAAGGAAUAUGGCAAGUUGUGCCGGAGUAACCAGAUUGGCACUGUCAAUGACCGGCUGAUGCACAAGCUCAGUGUAGAGGCACCUCCCAAAAUCCUGGUGGAGAGGUACCUCAUUGAGAUUGCCAAGAACUACAAUGUGCCCUACGAGCCCGAUUCUGUCGUCAUGGCUGAGGCUCCUGCUGGUGUGGAAGCGGAUCUGAUCGAUGUGGGAUUUGUGGAUGACGUGAAGAGAGGCGGGCGAGGCGGGGGAGGAGGUGGCGGUGGCGGCUUCAUAGCCCCCUUGACUGGCCCUGAUGGGGUUGUCCCGAUGCCUAUGCCAUGUCCCGCUCCCCCUUUCUCUUACCCGCCUCCCAAGGGGCCAGAGGACUUUAACGGCCUGCCCGUGGGGACGUACCAGCCUUUUUCCAGCCUUCACCCUCCUCAGGUCCCAGCCACUCCUCCAACCUAUGAGUCGAUUGAUGACGUCGGUCCUCGCAAGGAUGUGUUCUCCUCCCCCUCCCCCCGUGUGGCUGGGCCUGGACUGAAGCCAGACGCAGUGGCAAAGCCGCCCAGCUUGCAGGAUAACUUUGUGCUGCCAGAGUUGCCCUCUGUCCCAGACACGCUGCCUGCCGCCUCUGCCGGCACCUCAGCCUCAGAAGACAUUGACUUUGAUGAUCUCUCGCGAAGGUUUGAGGAGCUGAAGAAGAAAACCUAAGAGAGGGGAGCCCGGAAGGGGGACCGGCUGGCUUGCUGUGGCCACACGCACUCUCCUCUCCUCUCUCCUUCUGGCCUUUCUUCCUGCUGUACUCACACCAAAUGCCGCUGCUUUUCUGAUGCCUGCUGCUCCGGGAGGGAGACUGGACUGUCCUUGUGAUGGGAGCAUCUGGGACAGGCCCCCACAGAGGCUGUGCUUCCUGAGUGGAGUAUUGGAGGGGGGGUGAGAUGUGCAGGAUGCCCCCCCCGGUUCUGGAGGGGCACCAGCCUCAAAGGUUGUGGGAGAAAAAGCUGACUCCCACCAGGGGCGAGUGUUGGUCCCAGGUGGCCUGCUGCGUUCUCAGGGAGCCCUCUGGGGCCUUUAUUCCUUUUCUCUUUGGGGAAGGUGGCACCAUGUGUGUGACUGGCACGGCUCUUGUUGGCUCUGGGGCCUCUUUCUCUCCCCUUCCCGGAAGGGCCGGGGGGGGGUGCUCUGUUCUCACACAGACCUGGGCUUGGACCCGGCACUUGCCUUGUGCCCGACUCUCGGUUCUUCUCUCACUCACCCGCCUUACUGGCCAAGCUGCUGCCUCCCCUUCUGCUGCGGGCCAGCCCUGCUGGCGGCAGGAGGCGGCCUCUGCUCCCCCCCCCGUCUGUCUGUCUGUAAUUCUUUCCGCGGCUUUUCUUAGAACUGUGUGGUGGGUUUGUACCUUCUCUGUUAACUCAAUAAACUUGAGGAGUCACCUCUGGAUUGGGGCAGGAGCCGCAUA